CGUAGCACCGCCCCCGGCCCCGCGCGGCACCCGCUGGGAGCGCAGGUUCCCGGUGGCACCGAGCAUGGCAGCGGGGACCGGCGAGCACCGAGAGCAGCUGCAGGACUCCCUUCAGCCCAAGGACUUCGCGUACCACGAGGAUGAGUUCAUCCUGGAGGGCGUCGCCUGGCCGGGCGCCGCGCUGUCCCGCUUCGACCGGGCGCUGCUGGGAGCCUGGCAGGAGCGCAUGGCGCGGGGGCUGUUCCGGUACCACCUGGCGGAGCUGCCCACCCGCGUGCUGCCCGGCACCAUGCGCCUGCUGGCCCAGCUCAACGCGCAGCGCAGCACCGAGCGCAGGCGGCCGCAGGCAGUGCGCAGCCUGACGCAGCCUUUCGACCCUCAGCAAUUCAACUUCACGCAGAUCCGCCCUGGGGAGGUGCUGCUGCGCCUGCGCCGGAGACCUUCGGCUGAGAGCGACCCGGCAGCAGCGGACCACGUGCUGGUGGCGAUCAACGUCAGCCCCCUGGAGCGCGGCCACGUGCUGCUGCUGCCGGAGCCGACGCUGCGCCUGCCGCAAGUCCUCACCCCCGAGCUGCUGCGCGUAGGGCUGGAGGCCGUGCUGCUCAGCGCCCAGCCCGGCUUCCGCGUGGGCUUCAACAGCCUGGGGGCCUCCGCCUCCGUCAACCACCUGCAUCUGCACGGCUUCUACCUGGCCCACCCGCUGCUGGUGGAGACGGCGCCGGCCGAGCCGCUCUGCCCCGCGCGGGGGCUCAGCCUCCUGCACGAGGCCCCGGCGCCGGCGCUGCUCUUCUACACGGCGGGCGCCGGCCUGGAGGCGCUGGCCCGGGACGCGUGCACGGCGGCCGCCCGCCUGCUGGCCCUGGGGCUGGCCUACAACGUCUUCGUGACGCGGGGCGCCCCGCCAGACGGCUCGGCCGGGCCCGGCGCGGGGCUGCGGCUGCUGCUGUGGCCCAGGAGGCCGCGCUUCGAGGCCGAGGAGGGCGCGGCCUUCAACGUGGCGCUGUGCGAGCUGGCCGGACACCUGCCCGUGCCCACGGCCGCCGUCUUCGAGGAGCUCAGCGAGACCGAAGCGCUGCGCGCCAUCCGCCGGCCCCUGCUGCCGGAACCGGAAAUGCGCCGCCUCGCUGCCGACCUGGCGCGGCUGCUGGAGGACGAAGCGCCGGGGGCGCUGCCCGCGGGGGGCGCGGCGGUUGCGACCGCGUGACCGGGCCGGG